AUGGGGCAAGAGGAUCUAAUGAACACAGCCGAAGACGUGGCAGACCAGUUCCUGCGGGUAACAAAACAGUACCUGCCCCACCUGGCGCGUCUCUGUCUCAUCAGCACGUUUCUGGAGGAUGGCAUCCGCAUGUGGUUCCAGUGGAAUGAGCAGAGAGACUAUAUCGAGGCUACCUGGAGCUGUGGCUAUUUUCUGGCCACGUGUUUUGUGCUGCUUAAUCUCAUAGGACAGCUCGGUGGUUGUGUCCUCAUCCUCAGUAGAAAUUUUGUACAGUAUGCUUGCUUCGGAUUAUUUGGCAUCAUAGCACUACAGACUGUUGCAUACAGCAUUUUAUGGGACCUUAAGUUUUUGAUGAGAAACCUGGCCCUCGGCGGUGGUCUGCUCCUGCUGCUCGCAGAGUCUCGUUCAGAAGGAAAGAGUAUGUUUGCUGGAGUCCCGUCCAUGGGAGAGAGUUCGCCAAAACAGUACAUGCAGUUGGGAGGUCGGGUCCUGCUGGUACUCAUGUUCAUGACCCUGCUACACUUUGACUCCAACUUCUUCUCCAUUCUGCAGAACAUGGUGGGAACUGCCCUCAUCAUCCUGGUGGCCAUCGGCUUCAAAACUAAGCUGGCUGCGUUGACCCUUGUCGUAUGGCUCCUGGCCAUAAACAUCUACUUCAACGCUUUCUGGACCAUCCCGGCCUACAAGCCCAUGCACGACUUCCUCAAGUACGACUUCUUCCAGACCACCUCAGUCAUCGGGGGCCUGCUGCUGGUGGUGGCACUCGGACCUGGUGGUGUGUCCAUGGACGAGAAGAAGAAAGAGUGGUAGGAACGGUGGGGUAAAGCAAAAAGAUUGCACAGCACCACUAAUGUCCCCCACCGACCAAGACACAAAGACCCUCCCUCUCCUCCAGCCUCCAGGGUACACCGUUUUUUUUUUUUGUUUGUUUGUUUGUUUUGGGUUUUUUUGGACAGAUUCACAGACACAAUCACUGAGGUUUCUUUUUUAUGCCCGUGUUUUUUAGUUUAACAUAAUGCCAUUUUUUCUAAACCCUUCUUGUGUCUUUUUUUAAAUGACGGCAAGAAUUAAAAAAAAAUAUGACCAUAUAUUUUAAGUGCAAAGUAAAAAGGAAAAAAAAAUCAGUGGAUGAUACAGUAAAGUUGAGGAGGAGAUAUAUUUGUUCUGUGUGCUACAGGAAUUAAUCUGUUGUUGUAUUUUAAUGGUGAAAUGCUAUAAGCUGUUAUAGAUUUCAUAUUUCUGAAUAAAACUGGUAAAAUGGAGAGUACUGCAGUUUUGCACCCCCUACCCCCCCAUAGACACUGAUCUUCUCCCAUUGGAUCUGAGACUUGAUGACAGAAUAGAUCCUGAGCGACACAACUCAACUUGGCUCUCCAGUCUCACUUCUCUUCUUUGCGCAGACACUGUAACCUUUAGAGCCACCUGUACACAUUCAUCCUCAACAGACUGUUUAUGGGGAGUAUUGGGGGUGGGGGGGGGGGUUACAUUGUAUACUAAGUGGUGGAUUGCAGUUGUGCUUGAUUGAAAAUUUCAACACAGUUGUUAGCUCCAGGACUUCUUAUUGGGCACUUUGUACUGUUUGUCUCUGGCAAAUGCCUAAAACUAGUGAACUGUAUAUGAUCGGGGUAAAUAGGAGGGGGGGGACUCAGCUGUUUGUGAAACAUCAUAUUCUGCGAUCUAGAAAAGCAAAGAAAACUAAGCAGAGUCACCAGCCGCCUGGACUUUUGCCUUUGCUCAGUGUUUUUUGCCCUGUGUUUAAAAAAAAAAAAAAAAAAAA